AUGGUAGGAAAAAGUAGGAAGGAUUGGUCGGAAAAGCUAGACGAUGCAUUGUGGGCAUUCCGCACCGCUUACAAAACACCGUUAGGAACCACGCCCUUCAUGAUUGUGUAUGGCAAAGCGUGCCAUCCUCCGGUAGAGUUAGAGCACCGAGCACUAUGGGCUUUGAAAACCGUUAACCUUGACCUUACCAAAGCCGCAAGGAGGAGAUUCUUUCAAAUCCAUGAAUUAGAGGCCAUUGGAGAUGCCGCCUAUGAACGAUCUUGGAGUAUCAAAGAAAAGACUAAGGUGUUGCAUGAUAGGAGGUUGCGACAGUUGAAGGAGUUUAAGGUAGGGGAUAAAGUGAUUUUGUUCAAUUCGAGAUUGAAAUUGAUAGCAGGGAAGUUGAAAUCGAGAUGGACCAGACCAUAUGUGGUAAAGGAGGUGUUUCCAUACAGUACCAUCGAGUUGUAUGACGAAGUUGAUAAAGGUUCGUGGAAGGUAAAUGGUCAUCGAUUGAAACAUUACUUAGGAGGUCCUAUUGAUACCAUCGAGGACGAAGAAAUUCCUCUAGAGGACCCACCCACCUUCAUAGAAUAG